AUGAUCCAAACUUCGACGAACGGCCCCAUGGCAACCAGUGGAACUCACAGCUCAAGAUCAGGGAAAGUACUCGUUCAGCUCCAACAACAAUGGGAGACCAUUCAAAAAGAACUAGCUUCUACUCGACAGCAGCUGCAAGUAGCGAAAGAAACCAAGAAACAAAAUACAUUGCAAGCACAAGAAUAUGCCGAGUCCAACACACAAUACCGAUCCGAGAUCCAAACCUUGAUGCGGACACUUGAUUCAAAACAGCAACAAUUAAAUACAACCAAAAAGUCAUCUCAAAGCAUGGAGACUCAAGUGAAGAAGCUCAAACAUGAAGCUCAUGUUGCCCGAAAAGAACUAGAAGUCGCCUUAGAGAAACACCGAAACGAAACGGAAGAGCAAGCACGGCUGGAACAACACUAUAAGGUGUUGAAGGAUUCGAUGGCAUCAGGGCCGCAGCGAGAAGUAGAUUGCUUGCGUCGUGAACUUCAGGUAGUCAAGGCACAACUCGCCAUGAUGACGGAACGAUGUUAUCUCUUGUCCAAAGUACAUGAAUCAAGAGCAUAUCAAUGGGCAGAAGAACAAAAAGAAAAGAUUGAACAAUUACAAAAGAUGCGGGAUCAGGUUCAAGCAACAAAUCAGACGUUUGUGGAACGCGUGCGAGAAGAAUUGCAGGCAUUGUCGAAGACGGCAGAAGAGUCGGAUGGGGACUUACAGGCAGCUGUUACUCGAUGCCAGUCAGAAGUCUCGGAUUUGGUACUAAGCAUUCGUACGUACGCAAAGGAUGAAAAUACAAAGAACGAAGACGCGUAA